AGAGAAAUACUUUCCAUUCUUAGACGGUAUAAUCUGGUUUAUUAUACUCUUCUUCUUCGGCUGGCCAAACCCUCGUAUCAAGGACCUCUCGAAACAUCUUGCCUUGUUUCGUGCCCCUGGACUGGUUUUGCUACGACGAGCCAUCAGCCUUCGGGAAGCGUUCGGGUUAUCAACACUGGGUAUCCCGUACCUCACCAGCACGAGAAGAAUUCGAUUCUUGAAGCAGCUAGUUCUGCUUGCUCUUUUUUGACGAACACCAUCUUUGUACGAAUCUCGAUUCUUGGGACAUACCGCCUGGCACGACAGCUGGGUUGAGCGGCAAACUUUCAGAGAUUGGAUCAUGAUGUCUUCAGCGAUGCAGAUGGCAGGGCAGCACGUCCCAUACAUUCCCACAUCGGAUACCAUGAAUCGCCACGAAUACGGCAUUACAAAGAACAGAAAGACGGCGGCGUCUACCGGAGGUGGCCGAGCGUGGAGUGAGGACGAGGAGGCUUAUCUACUCCAGACGCGUCUUCAGAAGAUGCCAUACAAGCACAUUGCUGCUCAUCUGAAAAAGACAGAGCUUGCAUGCCGCCUCCACUAUCACCAACUCAGCCAUGGUAGCAACCGCCGCAAGCGUACCACUUCCAUGUCGUCCGGUUCAUCGGCCAGCGGGCACUCGCCAGUUCUUCAUACCUCGAUACCGUCGCCGAUCCAUGAGCACGGCGGCGCACCCAGCCGUUCCGUCUCACCUCCCGAAUCUGCAGGCUCCUAUGACUCGAGGAGCCCCGGUGGUAUCCAACUACCGAGCAUCAUGUCGGCAGCUGCCUCCACGAACACGUCACCGCGCCUCCCCACCAUUCUUCCGAAGCCGGCCUCUAUGACCCUUGCCCUGGCCUCGUCUCUCGGGGCUUCCGGCUCGACUAACACCGCUUCUCCGACCGCACCCCGCGGCUACCCUGCGCCUUUCUACGGGGCCGCUUCCGGUUCUGCGCCACUGCCCGCCGCCCGCGGCUCAAACGGCAGCGCUCAUCAGCACGGCCCGGGUCGCCUCCGGCUAGACUGCUCUGCCCUCCCACCGGCGCCCUCGGCCGGAGGACUGCCUGCCCCACCCGGCUUCAUGGCCAGCCACCCCGUCGACAUGGCCCGCCUGACAGCCGUGUACAACGCGCACCGCGCAUCCUUCUGGGCCGCCGUCGCCGCGGACUACGGGCCCGGAGCGAACCCGCUCGUGCUGGAGCAGGCCUGGCGGGGCACUGCACCGGGCAAUACUCCGAGCUCGUCAUCGGGUCUUGUCGGCAUCGCGGCGCACACGCCUAUUACGCCUGUCGGGAGCCCGGAGGAUCAGGUGUAUGGCGCUGCCCAGGGGAGUCAUCCGAAGCCGGAUAAGACGCGGAUUAGUGCCAUCUUGGGGAUCGAGGCGGACCCGAGGAGCCCGAGUGAGAGGGAGAUGGUGAGGAGGUUGGAGGAGGAUCGUGGGGUGGGGGUCGUCGGUGCCUGAUCAUACUGUACUGCAGUAGGUAAGAUCUGGUGGGGGUGGUGUGGUGAUUAAGGGACAUUUCCUCUCUUCUCUCUCUCUUCGCUUCGCUUCUCGUCGAUCCUUUGGUGGUGCUUCUUUAGCUUGACUGGUUUGGCUUUUGGGGUAUUGGUAUGGGUUGGCGGCUCCGACCCUACCAA